GCCGGGAUCUGGUGUCGGCUGCAGCUGGCAGUGCGGCGGACGCGGGCAGCGGCACAGCCGCCUGCGGAGCCGGCUAUUAAUAACGCUCCGGGCCAGCCCGGGGUCGGGCAGUCAUGGCCAGUCCGGAACCCCUGCGCGGCGGGGACGGCGCCCGGGCUGCCAGGGAACCGGGUACAGAGGCCAGUUUUCCUCGCCAGGACUCCGAAUCCCCCAAGGAGGCCAUGACUUUCAGCCCAGAGGCCACUCUAUCUUUGGAGGGGACUGUGAACCUAGAAGACAUUCUCUAUCUGGGGGACUCGGUGGACUUUGAAGAGAGUCUCUGCGUGGGAGAGUCUGAGAAGCCAGAGGAGACACUAUUUAUUGAAGAAUCGAGGCAGCCAGAGGAGGCUCUGGACCUGGAAGAGCCGGUGAGUCCAGAGGAGACCGUGCUUGUGGAGGAACCUGUGAGGCCAGAUGAGGAGCAAUUUCCAGAGGAGCCUGUGGGGCCAGCUAAGAGCCCAAGCCCAGAGCAGACUGCUUGUGAGGGAGAGACGGUGGCCACGGAGGAAAGGCUUCCAGCUCCGCUGAGUCCCAGCACGGAGGAGGAGCCCCUCAGCGUGGAGGACCUGGAGUUGCUGGAAGCCCGUUUCCAGCAAUGUGUGCAAGCUGUAUCCCAGCUGGAAGAGGAGAGGGACCAGCUCAUCCACGAGCUGGUGCUGCUCCGGGAACCGGCCCUGCAGGAGGUGCAGCAAGUCCACCACGACAUCCUGGAUGCCUACAAGCUGCACGCGCAGGCCGAGCUGGAGCGGGAUGGGCUCAGGGAAGAGAUCCGGAUGGUGAAGCAGAAGCUUUUUAAGGUGACCAAGGAAUGUGUGGCCUACCAAUACCAGCUGGAGUGCCGGCAGCAGGAGGUGGCUCAGUCUGCCGACUGCAGGGAAGCGCUGACCACCCGGGCAGCCCAGCUCUCCGGAGAACUGACCCAGCUCCGAGAGGCCUAUCAGAAACAGAAGGAGCAGUUACAGGAACAGCUGGAGGCACCCCCAACCCAGAGCGAUGGGCACUUUCUCCAGGAGAGUCGGCGCCUGUCCACCCAGUUUGAACAUCUCCUGGCGGAGAGCCGUCAGGGCCUGGAGGAGGAGUACGAGCCCCAGCUGCUGCGGCUCCUGGAGAGGAAAGAGGCAGGGACCAAAGCCCUACAGGACACCCAAGCAGAGAUCCAAAAGAUGAAGGAGGCCCUGAGACCCCUGCAAGCAGAGGCCCGGCAGCUCCACCUUCAGAACAGGAACCUGGAGGACCAGAUCACACUCCUGAGGCAAAAACGCGAUGAAGAGGUUCAACAGUACAGGGAGCAGCUGGAGGAGAUGGAGGAGAGGCAGAGACAGAUACGAAGUGGAGUGCAAGUCCAGCAACAGAAGAACAAGGAGAUGGAGCAGCUGAGGACCAGCCUUGCUGAAGAGCUUUCAACAUAUAAGGCUAUGCUACCCAGGAGUCUGGAACAGGCUGAUGCAUCGACUCCUCAGGCAGAUGGAGUGGAGGCACAACCCGAAGGGAUUGUUUAGAAAUGUAUGGCCGGAUCUGUAACCCAUAAACAACAAAGCAUUUAUAUCAAAGCAUCACUAGGGAUGGACUUUUCCCCAAACAGGAAAGAGUGCCAGCAUCUGGCAAGCAAUUCACCCUGUGAAAAUUACAAACAUUGCUUAUCUUGCCCACAAAGAUUUUAGGGUUGGCUGGAAACAGGAUACCAGUCAACUUUCAUCUGGAUUCUUUUCUGUAGGCUGUUAGUACUGAUCUUGAUGUACUGUGGAUGGACAAAUGAACCUGUUAUCUUUCAGCAGAACACUGGGUUAUGGAGUAUCACCACAUCUUGCAGCAUUGUGAAGGUUAUUUAUGGCUUCGUGCUGACCCAAACCAAGAACAUUUAAGGAAAAAGUUGGGGUCAAAAGGCAUCCAGUUUUUGCUUUAUGGACCCACAGCUUCAAUACCUUUGAGAUAUGGGUAUUAGAUUUCAAAUGACCCCUUUCACAAAGCCUUUUUUCCUUUAACACCUGCAAUCACAUAAUUUACUCUUAAAUGUGUCAAAAUAGCUAUUUUGUUGUUUUUCUUUUUCUUUUCUCUCUCUCUCUCUCUUUUUGACAUAGGGCCUCACUUAUAGUAGCCCUG